AUGAAUUUUAUUCUUGUCGUCUUUCUGCUUUUUGUUUCAACAUGUUACGGGGCUAUUGAUAAUUCAUGUUUGGCCUGUAUAUGUCAAGUUGAAACUCGGUGUCAACAAGCACCUCCUAAAUGGGACGUUGAUGAUUUUUCCGCUGGAUAUUAUCAGAUAAAACCAGAUUAUUAUACUGACUGUGGAAAACCUGGUAAUAGUUGGCUAAUAUGCGUAAAUGUUAAAUCAUGUGCUGAUACAUGUGUUCGAAAUUAUAUGAGUCGUUAUGGAACUUAUUGUACUGGUGGUCGUACUCCGACAUGCCAAGAUUAUGCUCGUAUUCAUAAUGGAGGCCCGACAGGAUGCAGAAAUCCGGCAACGCUGGGUUACUGGCAAAAAGUUCAACAAUGUCUCAAUGCUAACGGCUGA